CCGGCGCGUCCGGCGGAAGGAGGAGAGCGGCGGCCGCUCCCAACAUGCACAGUCUGGCGACGGCAGCGCCUGUGCCUACUGCACUGGCCCAAGUGGACAGAGAGAAGAUCUACCAGUGGAUCAAUGAACUGUCCAGUCCUGAAACAAGGGAAAAUGCUUUGCUGGAGCUAAGCAAGAAGCGAGAAUCUGUCCCUGACCUUGCACCCAUGCUAUGGCAUUCAUUCGGUACUAUUGCAGCACUUUUGCAGGAAAUUGUAAAUAUUUAUCCAUCUAUCAACCCUCCAACUUUGACAGCACACCAGUCUAACAGAGUAUGCAAUGCUUUAGCAUUACUGCAAUGUGUGGCCUCACACCCGGAGACCAGGUCGGCUUUUCUUGCAGCACACAUCCCACUUUUUUUGUACCCCUUUUUGCACACAGUCAGCAAAACUCGUCCCUUUGAAUAUCUUCGGCUCACCAGCCUUGGAGUUAUUGGGGCCUUGGUUAAAACAGACGAACAAGAAGUAAUCAACUUUUUAUUGACAACAGAAAUCAUCCCUUUGUGUUUGCGCAUUAUGGAAUCUGGAAGUGAGCUUUCUAAAACGGUUGCCACAUUCAUCCUCCAGAAGAUUCUCUUAGAUGACACUGGUUUGGCUUAUAUAUGUCAGACUUAUGAGCGUUUUUCCCAUGUUGCCAUGAUCUUGGGUAAAAUGGUCCUGCAGCUAUCCAAAGAACCGUCUGCCCGUCUGUUGAAGCAUGUAGUAAGAUGUUACCUUCGACUCUCAGAUAACCCCAGGGCACGCGAAGCACUCAGACAGUGCCUCCCUGACCAGCUGAAGGACACAACCUUUGCCCAGGUGCUAAAAGAUGACACCACCACAAAACGCUGGCUUGCACAACUGGUGAAGAACCUGCAAGAGGGCCAGGUCACAGAUCCCCGGGGAAUUCCCCUGCCCCCUCAGUGAUCCUCUCUAUUCUGUCCCACUACUUCCAUAAGUUGGGGAGUGGGGUGGAACCUAAGAGGAAAACAGCUCAGGUUUUAUUGCCGACUGGGAGUAGACAACCUCAAUGCUGAACUGUGGCAAAGUACCCCACUGAGGUGUGUGGGCUGACUGGAGGUCCUGGAUCCCCCUGCUGCUCCCAGGAAUUGGGCUCCUGACACAGCAGUCUGCCACCACUGCCCCAGGAGGAUGUCAACACCAGCAAAUGCUGUAUUUGCAGCAUGCCCAAGAUGACCCUGCUCCUAGCCACUGGUAGAGAGGAGACAUGGUAAUAGUAGCAACACUCUAGGCAUGGUGAGCGCCUGGGACCAUAAGCCAUGUGGCUUAAUUUUUUUUUUUUUUUUUAACUUUGCCUUCCUGGAAGACUCAAGAUGUGUCUUUUAAUUCUUUCAGUAUUUGUUUACUUUGGGUUUUUGUUGUUUUUAAUCUAGAGAGAGGUGUGUUUAAUGGACACAAGCUGUGGUUUUCAGCAAAACUUUGUCAAUUGGCACUGUUUACAAGUCUGUUAGCUGCAUAAGCUCAAUAAAAAGUUGGUCUGGG